AAAAGGAAAGUCCCACCUUUUGAAGGCUGCAACUUGUUGUUUUAGACUGGCUGGCUGGAUAGAGAUACAGUCGAGUCAGAUAGCGAGAGAGAGGGGGAGAGAGAGCUUACACUCACUCACACACACACACACACACACACACACACACACACACAAGGCAAGCGGACGGGGCCGUUGUCGCAGCGAUACGAAGGAAGUGGUUUGCCCGCCUGGGUGACGGUGGUGGAGGAUGGCAACACUGGGCACAGAGCAGCUCAGGAGCGGCACCCCCUCCCACACGCCCGACGGCAACGUGGUGAUGAACUUCAGCUUCGACGGGUAUCCGCUGGAAGAGGAGGAGGUCCAGGUCAAGGAGAGGCAGCGGCAGAGGCAAGGCAGCGGCGUGUCUACCACCCACGAACCAGGAACAUCUAUCGUGUUUGACAUGAGCCUCACCUACAUCCUGGUGGCUCUGGUGGCCGUGAUUUUAAACAACGCACUAGUGGAGUUGCUCAGCUUACACACCCGCAUCACUGUGGGGUACGUGUUUGCAUUGGGACCCCUGGUGUUUGUCAGUGUCUUCGAUGUUUGGCUGGAACUGUUCACGGUGCACCAGGCGUACGGCAUCAAUCUGGCAGCGGUCGGCAUCGUGGCGUUCGGCUGUACCGUACAGCAAUCGAGCUUCUAUGGUUACACAGGGAUGCUGCCCAAACGCUACACGCAAGGGGUAAUGACCGGAGAAAGCACUGCUGGGGUCAUCAUUUCCCUCAGCAGAAUUUUCACCAAACUCCUGCUCCCAGACGAGAGGAAGAACACCAUCAUCUUCUUCUUCAUAUCAAUCGCCAUGGAGAUGAUGUGCUUCAUCUUGCACCUGCUGGUCAAAAGGAGCAAGUUUGUGCGAUACUACACGGCCCACAGCAGCAGGGGCCACGAGCGGCUCAAGGUCAAAGGUCACGUGGAGCAGGGCCAUGGUUACCGGGUUCAUCAUAAUGUCAAUACAGAGGAAGAGAACGGCACGGUGGAAAGCCCGCAGUCAGAGGGGCCAGAGCGCGAGGUCCCAGUGACGGCCACCUACAUGAGGUUCGAUGCACCAAGGUCAAGGCUGAGGAGAAACUGGCCGAGUUUCAGAGACAUCAUUCUACACCGGUACAUGGUGGCCGGCGUUAUCUGGCCCUACAUGUUGUCCAUUACACUGACGUACUUCAUCACACUCUGUCUGUUUCCGGGCCUGGAAUCAGAAAUCCGCAACUGCACUCUCGGAGAGUGGCUGCCCAUCCUCAUCAUGGCCAUCUUCAACCUGUCUGACUUUGUGGGAAAGAUUCUCGCAGCCCUCCCUUACGACUGGAGAGGGCUCCACCUGUUGGCGUGCUCCUCCACCCGAGUGGUGUUCAUCCCACUGUUCCUCCUGUGCGUACUGCCCAGUGACCAGCCAGUGUUCAGCCACCCCGCCUGGCCGUGUGUCUUCUCCCUGCUCAUGGGCAUCUCCAAUGGUUAUUUUGGUAGCGUGCCCAUGAUCCUGGCAGCGGGCAAAGUUAGCCCAGAGCAGAGAGAGCUGGCAGGCAACACCAUGACUGUGUCCUACAUGUCCGGUCUAACGCUGGGAUCGGCAGUGGCCUACGUCACCUUCAGCCUGACCAGUAUGUCUCACACCUCAUGCAUUCACACUGAAACAGUCAACGGUUCUUUCACCACAGGACUCUAAACAUGGACUCUCCACGCCGCUCCAACGAGGGGGUGAAUGAAGAAACACUAAAGAUUAUUUAUCUCAUCCCCAACCAAAACAUUGCUUGUCGUGUGCCACCUCAGUUACAAAGGACUCCUUCCCCCCGUGUAGUCUUGAGCACGGUUUCGGCUACGCCUGUUCCUUUAGGACCACGUGGGAUCUCCAACACGGAUAAGCAGGAGGGCUUGAAGAUGCCUCAGGAAGAAAUGCCACUCAUCGAGAGAAUGGAUAGGCUUUUCUCUUGACUUUCUA